UCGACCCGCAGUGAGAGGGUUUCACCUUUUUGUCUGGUUCUGCGUGUUCUCUCCAGUUUCCUGGCUUUUUAUUUUUUUCUCAACUUCGGCUGCCCCUAUUCUGCAGACCUUCCACUUCCGCGUUUCUGUUCGGAGCUGCCUUUCCGGACAUUGCCCUGUCCCUCGACAUUGAGGCCCCACGGAGAGUCUCGCUGCCUCUCCUCGAGGGUGAGCACGGUUCCGCGCCGGUGAGCUCCCGUCGUCUUCUGUCUCUUUUGUCUCUCUCUGGGGGGAUCAUGGAGCUUCUUCUCUCUCUUGUCGACCAGUUGUUUUUUUUCCAACGCAAACGCGUGCUUUCCAGUAUUUCGCAUGUAAAAAACCUGCAUCUGAAACUCUCCUCCCAGUUUCGUCGGUGCCGGGUGACAGCCCUCUACCUGGCUUUCCGCUCGUGGCAACCCAGUGACGGGGAUAUAGUGCACCCGGCAGGUGACUUGGGCAUGUCUCUACGGAGUUAGCGCAGUUGAAAGGGACUACCGUUCUCUUUCUCUCGUAUUCUUUUUCCUCCUUUACGCUCUUGACCUUUUCUCUUCAACUCGCAUGUGCGAGUGGUGACUCUGCAAGUUUGGCCGCGGAUCCUAGCUACCGUCGCGCAGCAGGUGCGUCCGUUUUGCCGUCGAGCUCUGUGUGACCUAACCCGUCUCUUAAGAGGCGGCACUCCUGGCGGGAGUGUGUAGCGACUCCAGCUCACUCUUGUCCAGAAGGAAGCUAGGAAUGCUCCACAAAACCACGAUUCUUUCUCGGUUGCUUCAUCUGCGCCCACAAACUCCCCUCUUCCCGCCUCGCAGACGCUACCUCGGGCGCGAAGCUCCCGACUCGUCAGUCUGUCGAAGAUCCGUGUUUCUCUUCUUCGUGCAAGAACUAAAAGGGCGGCUGCGCGUGUGGCUGCUCUGAACCUCUUGCGAGUUUCAGUUCGCGGACAUAUAAAGGAAAAGACCAGAGAAACAACGAAAUCCGUGCAGGGGGAGAAAGCGAAUGCACGCGCGCUCGGUUGGACCCACAAGCGCCAUCGCCUCGUCCUUUGUAAAACCGUGUCCUUCAGGGCGGGGUCUUCCCGGGUCGAGGAGAGGUCACCACUCGCAGUAUUUCUCUCGGUUUUCUGGAGAAAAGCGUGCGAAAAAGAGCUAACAGCACUGACUGGAGGAAGAAAGCUGCGAUUUGGAGCCCUCGUUUUCUGCUUCUACAGCUCCGACCUCUUCUGAUACAUGUGGGCUAUCGACUCUUGCGACAGAAGAACGAGGCUGCGAGUCCGCGCCCUCUUGCAUAUCUCUGGUCUACGCAGACGCGUUUCUUAGCGAGCUUUGAUGCACAAAUUUUCUGUGUCGACUGGAGAAAUUACCCCAGCUUCCUCGCUUCGCUGUAGAGAUUCGUAUUCCCCCCUGUUCACGCUUUUUGAAAAGCCUUCCCCGCCAAAAAAAGACCCCCGAUAUCGACGCGUCACGCAGGGGCGGCCUCCAGACAACGCAACACAGAUGCUCUUUUUUUCGCUGUGCUCUCUUGUGUUUAUUUUUCCUGCUUUCUCGCAAAGAACGAGUAGCACCACAAAGCUUGAGACGAGGUUGCUUUUCUGUCUUCUGGGACUUUUGACCCUCUGCGUGUGUGUGUCUGUCCGGCCCCCCUCGGUUUCGGUGCCAGCCACAGAAAGAUGCCGAUAAUCCCUGCACUUGCGUGCUGCCUUCGCGUUGCUCUCCCUCUUCUUCUGCCGCUUUCUGUAUCUCAGACAAACGUCCCUUUCCACCGAAGUGAAACGUCGCUCUUCAUUUCCUUCUUAGCGAUAUCGACCUUUUGACUACACCAAACGCGUCUGCGUUUUCUCCCCGGGUACUCCAAGUGCGCGGCGAAAGUAGGCGCCGAGGAGAGCAAACGAGGUGACAGACUUACUCUGAGAGUCGAACCGCGACAGUGUGUGUGUUUAAAAUGAACACGAAAAGGCGGUGUUUGUUUGUGUGAACGAAAGAAGCAUCGAGCUUCCGCCGGCACCAUUCAGAGGUCGCCACUACUCUCUCAGACACCCUGGCGGAAAGGAUCCCGCCUGCUUCCUCCGAGAGUCUGCGCGCCUGUGUGUCCGCAACUGAGGCUGUCAGACCGCUCUUUCGAUAUUUUUCGGUGAAAACCAGAUAGUCGCGGAUUCACGCCUUCGUAGAGAAGGCGAGACACUUUCUCCCGGCAGUGCAACGGAAUUUCUUUAACACGAGUUGCAAGCUUCCACAACACCGUCCGCGUCCUCUCUUUGCCGCGCCUGCCUCUCACUCCUCUAGCCUGGUCCUUGCGUCUGUCUCCCGCUUUUUCGGUCACGCCUUUCACCAAAGGUUCGGCGGACUGAGACAAGGAGACAAGUGGAAAAAGGGGAAAGGUUCACGGUUUUUCCAUUCCGUCAGUGUGUUUGUGUGCAAACGCGCAUGUGCGCCCUGCCCUCCGUCUCGUUUCUGAAAAAAAUACUCGAGCUGCCAGCCAAAAGGCUUCCCACCGUCCGCGUAGAAGACGCCGCGCUCUCCUGGGUCCGCGUGUGGACAUACACGUUGCACGAUGUCCAGGUUUCUCUCGAGAAGAUCGAGUAGAAUUUUCGUUUUCUAAAAACUCCGACUGCGUGGGUCUCUCCCCGGACGCCCAGAAAAGUUCAGCUUCCCUCUCAGCAUCUCCUGCGUUUUCGCGCUAGUGCACCCAGAGGCGCCGACCCCCGCGCUCGGCUUUCCGUGAUGGCCCAGAGGACAGGGAACACCCUAGACAAUGGUAAAACGUGUGCGGCGCGUUUGCUCGAGUUUUGAGGAAGCUAGUGUUUGUACUUGUUCGCGACUGCGAGCCGCAGAAAUCUGAGCCGACUUCCACGCACUCUCACCACGGUUUCUGCCGCAAUCCUGUCGUGGUGCAAGCACAUCUCGACGCUCGUUUUCCGGUUCCGGGGACUUGCCACAGUCUACGAAAACUGCGUUGCAGACCCGCGGGAGCGUUUGUGCGAAUGCGUUCUGCGGCUGAAGAACGUCUCUGUUCCUCUUCGCGUGCCUGUCUGCACAGUUGGUGAGUAUGGAAAGCGCGUUUACCUCGUGAGUCCGGAGAUAUUUUUCGUGCGAAAAUGCAGAAAACGCCACGUAGUCACCAAGGCGCGUCGAGGCUCGCUUGCCUGUCCGACCUGGAGGGCGCUCGCGACGACGCUGCUGCUCACUUGGACCUCUACGGGUAUACGAGGGGGGGCGGACGGAUUUCAGACAGCCAGUCCGUUUUGGAUGAAACCGUUUUCGAAAAAAACGAUUUCCCUGGCGAAAAAACCUCGCUGUCAGAAGAACUUCCCUGUCUGCUGACGAGUGGAAGGGGUGCUCCAAACGCAGCCGCAGAAGAACCUAAAACGCUAGCUCAAUCGGUUGCCCGAUGUCGGCGCAAGCAUUUCCGCGAUAUCUGGGAGGAUCUAAAAACGGAAAGUGCGCAUUGUUCUGUCGGAGGCGAAACGCCGAGACAAGAACGUCUGACCGCCAGCGACUCAGAAGAAGAAAGCACUCGGCACGUGACCGACAGAAAAAACAAAUGGGAUGGAACCAAGGUGCUUGACGGCAACGCCGGCACAGAAGUGCCAGCGUCCUCUGACCCCCAAAAUGGUCACUUGUCGCCGACUUGCCUCUCUCCGGUGUAUGUACGCCGAAAACACGCGGCACCGCGUGGAAGCGACAACAUUGUGGGCAAAUCGGAUUCGUUGUCCGUGCAAGUUCCUCCUGCUUCCCGUGCCUCUUCUUUGGAGCACGAAGCAGCGACAUUGACUGGUGAAGAAGUCGAAGAAAAAGCUAGAGAGUCACCGUCCAGACUCACUGGCGACUCGCGCCGCGCCGUGGGCGACCCGACGCGCGCUUGCCCGUCGCUUCGAGCACCACGGGAGAAGACCAGACAGAAGAACCAAGAUUUUGAUGCCGACAACAGCACAGUUAGAGGAACUGGGGACCAGAAAGGACUGCCCCCCAGCGACGCAGAGGAGGUCUGUAAGACCGCAGCAUGUCGGUCGUGCUCCCGACACACCCCAGUCGCCGACCCCGUCGGUCGGUUUUACCCCGGGGGUUCCCUCUCCAAGCAGCUGGAGGCGUUCGCCUCGACCAUCUCGACAGAUGCAAUCCAAAGUUCAACUGAAGCGGUUCCGAGACGGAGAGGCGACGGAUCUGCGGUCAGCCCAGAACAGUCGCGGUGCUGGUCGGCCGCAGCUACGCAGGCUCCCCGUAUCCAGGGCGUCUCGUCCAGCGGUGAGAGACAAGCGUGGAUGUGUUCGGACUCUUUACAGGGGACGAAGAGCGCAAGGAAGAAAAAGAAAACUCUCCUCUCCGCCGCGAAGGUCGGAUUCAGGGAGGCGCGAAGAGUCGCCCUUGGGGGUCACCGAGUCACCCAUUACUCAGGACAGACAGGCGGCGACGCCCAGGUCACCGCGACGAAGGAAGGCCUGGGCGUGGAAGACGAGCAGGUGGUGAUUUACGAAGACCAGGACGGAGACAGUGAACGACGCAACGACAUCCCUCUUGAAAACAAGGAGCACACUCGGGAGGAGCAAGGAGAAGACUGCUGUGGUGAAAAGUCUGAAGAAGAUCGAUGUGACUCGGAAGGACGACGCGCGUCGACUCUCGCUUCACGUCCAGUCGCUGGAGCGGCCGAGGAUGCAGGCGGUUCUCUCCCAGGUCACGCUGAGAAGCGUUCGCGAGAAGACUGCAUCGCGGACAGAGAGGCGCCUCCUUCUUCACACUUCUCGCCAGUUUCCUCGCCGGUACCUGCUCCUGCGUCCCCGUCCUGCUCCUCUCCCUCCCCACCCUCUCCGUUUUCAGAAAGCUCUUUCUCUUCGCUUCCUGAUAAGACUGCAGCGCAAGGCGUUCUUGCGUCGAGUGAACCUCCUUCUCCGCCCUCCCCUCCCGUCGGCUCUGAAGAGGGGAUCGAGUGGGAUGCCACGCAGAGAAAGUGGAUCUUCCACUUUGUCCGCGACGGCCAACCUGCCAAGAAAACGUUUUCUGUCGACAAGUACGGCUUCUCCACUGCAAGGCGCCUCGCGUUGAUGGCUAAACAAAUGAGCUUGAAGACAAAGGCGGACCGAAGAAGCGAAGAACUAUCCUCUCUCUGCCCUUCUCUCUCUUCGACCUCCCCAUCUUCUCCAGUCUCGUCUCCUGUGGUUUCACCUUUGGACUCUUCUGUCUGCCUUCAAGGGGCGAGGCCUCCUUCCAGAGGAGACAGCAAGUCGACUUUGCUGAGUGAACAGACACCUGAAGGUGCAGAAGGCGGCAAAGCUCCUCCUUCUGCUGUUCCAUCCCCGGGCGAGAGUCGAGCCAGCAAAGACCUGGAGCCUGGAAUUCAACCAGCGAGCGACGACCGCGACAGAGAAGCCGCGGAGAAGGAGCCUUCGGAGACAGGUGGCUCCGAGCUACAGGACGCACAAGCCAAGAAAGGCGUUGGCGAUUCGCAAGGGACUCAACUGUCCGGCAAACGGAGACGGGGUCGCCCCCCAAAGAAGAAGAAAGUUGUCGGGCCGCGCCAGCCGCGCCUCACAGCUCGCGUGUCUCCUCGUAGUGCAGCGCUCAGCAGACCUCAAACUCCGUACAUCCUCCGGAGAAGUCUGCGCGUGGAGAGUCGCAUCGCGGCGAAGGUUCAGAGAGAAGAAGCGUUUGAGGGAGAAGGAAGAGAGGAGAGAGAAGAAAGGUUUGAGAGGGACGCCCGAACGGAGACACUGGAGCCUAAAGCGGAUGCAGACGCGUUUUUCGGAGAGUCAACCAACCCGGGGUGUGCUGUCGAGAUCAAGCCUCGAAGGAACGUCAGGCGCUCUGAGAGCGAAAGAGACGCGAAGAGUCCGCCGGGUGUCUUUGGAGCUUUUUCAAGAUCCAGCAAACAGCCGCCCUUGGAGGCAGCGAAGAGCGAACUCCCCGACUGGGCGCGGUCGCCGUCGUCUCUGUCGUCGUCGCCGACUGGCGCGCUUUCGAGAGAUCACUCCCUGAGACCUGUUGCUUCUUCUGCUCCUCGAGGGUCGCUGCCUAAGAGAGAAGAAAUCUGUAAUCUUUCUCGAGCUACGGAAGAUUCAGGAAGGGUGAAUGCCAACGGAGAGAUGGACUCGCCGCCGCGUAGUGUCCCCCCUUCUCUCCUUUCCCCUCAGCCUCUCGCUUCGUCGCUCCUCCACCGAGAGGUCUCUGCUGAGUCUUCUUCUGCUGUGUCUUCGUUUUCCUCUGUGUCUUCGGGAAGGAGUGGCGUGGAACUGCCGGAGUGGGGGACGGCGCGGAAGUCGUCCCUUGUGAUUCGCGGGGGGUGCCUUGAAGCUGCUGAGGUGCCUUGUAGCGCAGAAGUAGACAUUUUCGGAGUAGGACUGCAUGCGACAACUGAGGAGCGCAUUCGGCAUCUGCGGCAAUGCUUGGAUGAGCUGAGGCAGCAGCAGGCGCUGCAUCUCCAGCGCAUCUCUGCGCUUCAGAAGACCACAAAGGAAGCGGAGAUCUUCGAUUGUUGUCGAACACAAGACACGCUUCCUCUCGACAGCCUGCCUCUCAAGAGACCCUUCGCCUCAGGCUGCAGGCCAGACGUCGAAGCGGCGAGAGACGCUUGCGAGACGGCGGCCGAGGUGGGCAAAUGCACGCGCGGGGAACUCCGGAUCAAAUCAGAGCUCCGGGUCGCCGGAGACAGUCGGAGAAGCGGCAGAGAUGUCCAGGAAGAGCGACAGAGAGAGCAAGGAGAGCAAGAGCGAGACGCGAAGGAGGCAGAGUUCCGGGAAGGCGCCUCCGUGAGUGUCUGUACCCUGCAAGUGAUUGCGGCAGUGCUUUCGGACUUUCUGAGGCUCUGCGGGUCUCCAAGUAGCAUGAAGCGGCUUGGACUGGGCGAUAGACAGAUCCAGUUCUGCCAACAGAGCAUUCCCCUUCUCCGCGACAGUCUCCUCUUUCUCCGCUCUGUACAGUCGACCAGCGACCCCGCUGUGGUCGCCUUCGCCUCGCUCUUCAGAGAAAUUCUUCUUCUCCUCCCGCGCUCGACCUCGGCCUCGCCUCUCGAGAUCUGCAGACAUCUCACGAAGCUCGUUCGCAGCCUCUCCAUCUGGCGCCGGGCCGUCACGGGAGAGCGCCGCGGAGACAGAGGAGACAACCAAUUCCACAUGCUCGAAGAAGGCGUCCAUGCCCGAGACGAAAGAAUGCAUGCAAGGGAGAAUCCAAUGCGUGCACGGGAAGAGCGCAUGCAUGCAGAAGAGGACCAACUGCACGCAGAAGGGAACCCACUGCAUGCGCAUGCAGAGGUCGCCGGCGAGGGCAUCCGCCGCCUCAAGGAGCGACAGAAGAGGGAGAACCAGUUGCCGUCUGCAAGUGCGUCUGAAGUUCUUCGUGCUCUCCAGCUUUGGCACAGUCGUGGCGAGGAGUUUCUGCCUCCUCACCAAAAACUGGCGAGAUGGAAUGACGCUCUCAGAGGCGACAGUUUCAAAUGCGCCGAGUCCUCGCCUUCGCCCCCGGCGUCCCUGCCUCAGCGCGACCGCGAGUCGGUGUUGGUACACGGCCGAGCCGAGUCGGGAGUGACCAGAGUGGCUGCGGUCCUUUCGAGGCUGAAGGAAGAAGCCUCCAUGACAGGCGCCGAUGACACGAAGGAGGCGCGACUGCUGCAGGCCGUGCGUCAGUUUGUAGCCUCGAAACAAGUCCCCCCUCAGACGCGCGAGGAGCAGCGAGAACUGAAACGCAUGCGUCGCGACCGCGAGGCAGAGAGCGAAAGGGGAACAGAUUCCGAGGAAGAACGAACGCAUGCUUCAGAUGUCGACGCAAGCUACGGCAGCGAGGAGAGCCGCGGACGGCGAGCGGUGCGAGAGGGCAGAGGGGAAAGAGCUGAAAUUCCAACGGGGGGCUUGAAUUCUGAGGAUGUUGCAUCUUGGCGGGAGAAGAUUCACACUCUGCAUUCGGCCGCGGCAGUCGGAGGUCUUCGCGGCAACGAGGCUCUGCAGCGUCUCUUCUCGUUGUGGGGGAAGUCUCACGGCGAUGCGUCUCCUUGGAGACAGUCUUUCGCUCCGGCCUCAACGCGGCGCUGUGUGUCUCCUCAGCUCUGAUCUGUUCACUUCUGCGCAUGUGGUGCAGCGACGCUUGUCUGGGCAUGCAAGCGCAUGCAUGCGCUGAGAGUUGCGGAUGGGUGGAAGGUUUGUUUGUGUUUGGAGUUUCUGUCUGAAGUUAAGGAUUCGCUGGAAUCCUCUGGGAGUCGCGAGUUUUCUGGGGAUGCGAGAGCAGUUGUGUCGCGAAAGAAUUGAAGGCGCGGCUCUGUCGCGACUGCACGUUGUCUUUUUCUGUUAUCUGGGCCGCGUACCGUACAUGCAGCGCACGAGGCGCAGCUGCUCUGCUGGUUCGUCGGGUGAAUGUGGGUCCCCAGAAAGUUUUGUUUUUCCUGUUGCGUUUCGAAUCAGCAGAGGAACGGAGGAACGCCUGCCGAUUCAGAGGCGUUCUGAAACGCAUGCUCUUCCGUUCACCCGUGCGGUGUCUGUACAGCUUGGGAGGGUCUAUGUGUGCAGCGACAUCGCACCUGGGAGAUUCUCCGUGCUUGUUUGAGAGCUGUUUUAUUGUUUUAUCGUUUUUCGGGUCUGCUUCGAAAGAGGAGAUGGUUCUGGAAGAGGCGCGGCCAUUCAAAUGCGGACGGUUCAGCCUUUCUGUGUCCGUCCGCCACCCUUACACCUGUUUAGCGGUUCCGUUUUUGGUUUCCCCUCCGUGAGACAGACGGCGCGGUGCGUGUGGUUUCUCUCGCGCGACCCAGAGCCUGCAAAGACGACACUCCGCUGGACUCUGAUCCGACCGACGUUUUACAACUUCAGGAUCCGAGUCGUGUAUAUCUCAUACCUGGAGCCGUUCGCAGCGUCUUGGGUCUCGCCGAAACUCGGAUUUGUGUGUCGGGAGUUCAGCGUGCAUCUGCCGGCCCCCGGAACGGCAACAGGGAAAGCCGACGUGUACUUAAAUUUCCUUUUCGUUAGACACUCAGCUGCGUUUGGCUGAAGCAGUGUAAGUGGGUGGUAGUAGGUGUGCCAGUCGAGGACUGUUUUUUUCAGACGACCUUGAAAGCCGAGACAGCAAAUCGGUGCACAGAGGGGCAGUUUGGACUUCGCAUGCGCGUUCCGCGUUCUUUGAGAUUGGGGAACCAAAGGUGCGAAGGCCCAAAGGGAAGCCCUCACAUUUUUCAGACGGUCGACGGUGUGGGCCAAUGGCCGCACUGCUGCCUUUUGCGCGUCGUCUCCGGUGGACAUGCGUUUCUUUCCCCGCGACAGAGUGCGACUCAGCCGUCUCUCUCGUGUCUCGUAGAGGCGACCGUGAGACGCUCUGUGGUGGAACAUCGAUGAAUCGCGACUUCGCGCUGGCCGGGAGUACCGACAGGGAGCCAUUUCUAGCCGCGAGAUAAAUGCGCAAAAUGCAGUGGGGAACUCGCCCGGCGGGGUCUGCUUGGACCUCGAAUUGUAGAGUCUCUGACACUCUCUGGGUCUGGAGAAAUGGGGAUCUGUCGGGGGGCAGGGUGGCUGGCGAGGUGAGUCUUGUCCCGCGAAGAGAAACACGAAUUUUGAGCGGAAUUUCCGGGCCUGCGAGACCGUGUCUCCGCUCGGAAAAACGCAGGAAACACGGUGCCUUCCACGAGACUGGUGCGGACCGGUCGCGUUUCCGUCAGGUUUCUUCGCGGACGUCUGCGCUGUCUUCAUCCGUUGUCGAGACGUCUCUGUGUCUUUUCCAAGUGCUCGAUCCGCUUCACACGUCAACACGAGCUCGUGAGCGAGCGGCGGUGUUGUAUUCCGAGGCCGUGAGACGCGUGCAGGAGACGAUGGGAAGGAACCAUAUCGCGUGAGACGCAUUUAAAAAUGGAAACGUUUUCUCGCAAAAGACGCGGAGGCGCAGCUUCGAGAAAAGGCCUUUCGUCUUUGGCGGCCAAAGUCACUGAGUCGAGGCGAGAAACGAGGAAAGGGCUCGGCCGCUGUCCCUCGGUUUUUAAAGACUCAAACUCUGGAUGCACGCGUUGUUCCAGGUCC